AUGACCAUCAUGGACAACGCGGUUGUCUCAGAAGGCAGGGGAGAGGCCACUAAUGUGGGCGCGAACGUCCCAGGUGCGCUCGGUGCAAUCGGAUUGAUACGAUAUGUCAGUAUCCCAGCCCUCCAAAUCGACGGGGCCCGCGAGGCUCACUCUCGACGUGCCGUUCCCCAGCAACCCUACAAUGGGCCAGACCCGCAACAAAUUCCUGUUCAUGCCCUCAAUCCAAAUCCGCGACAUCGUAUUGCAAGCCUCGGCCGCGAUAAUCCUCUCGAAGGGGAUGUAUUUCGUGAUAAUGACGAUGAAAUUGACGACACAUCCGUCCCGCCUGUCACAGGGACUCAUGUACUCUCAGAUUCCUACUCAACACAGCUGCGUGUGGCAAGUUUAUCCACACCCGAAUUCGGUCGGGUCUCCGAUCAGCCACCGUUACCACCAACCGCCCUUGGGCUCUCUCUACUGGAAAUUUACUUUUCACGCGUGUAUAAUGCAUCCCUUCUGUUUCACAAACCUGUUCUCUUUCAGCAAUACCUCACUGGGGGACUCCAUGGGACUCUUUUGAAAGCAUUACUGGCGUUAGCAACCUUAUUUCUUCGUCCGACAAAUAACGACGACGACGAAUCUAAGGGGGGAGUGGAACACACGGAGUUGAAACUUCUUCGUGCAUAUCAUCCCUAUGGCCUUCCCUGGGCGAAGGCCGCGGAAAGGGAGGCUUUCAUGAUGGCUGUGGAUGCCCCAUGUCUCAUGGUAACUCAGGCAUUAGAGUGCCUUCAGCUGUAUUGGUUUGGCAUUGGGCAGCCGCACUCAGCCAACUUAUGCCUCGCACUGGCCUACCGAUCCUGUAACCUUCUUGGAUAUGGCAAGAAGGUCACUGACAAAUUGGAAAGUUCUACCUGGUCGCUUGAUUCAGAACUCGGUCGUCGGUGCUUCUGGGCGUGUUGGACUUCUACAUGCAUUGUGAUGGAGCCAGAACCAUAUAUCACAUCGUGUUGGCAGGAGGCGGCCGAGGUGCCCCUCCCAGGAGUUAUUUCCAAUACAAUAUCAGGUCCUGAUAUAACUCUACACGAGAAAAUGGAUGGGAAUUGGCAUUCCAGCGCCGUGGAAUCAGGAAGCAGAACCGAUACUCAUCCUGGAGCCGCAGCUUGCUUAAUGAAGAUGGUUGGACUGUGGGCGAAGAUACAGUUAUCAUGCAACGAUCGCGUUUAUUCAACCGCCCAGAACUUGGACUUGAUGCAGCAACUAUCAUUCUUGGCAACAUCGCUGUUUGACAACGCAAUCACAAUGAGAACAUCGGAACUCAGUGACUUAUCAUCGGAGGAUCAAGUUAUAAUUCUUGUGCAUGAUGCUAUCUACCAUCAAUGCCAAAUGACCUUGCACUCGAUGAAUGUUCCAUUGUUUUCCGGUAUCUCUGCUGACCCAAAGGUUGACCUCGAUACGCAAAAACAAAGCGCGAAGACUGUCGUGAAACACGCGGAGCUGUUUCAUAGCCUACUAGAGUCUUGUUUCUCUGGGCGAUACCAUGUCUCACGUCUUCCUCCUCUUGUUGGCUAUGGUGCUUUUCUCGCUGGUAUCGUUCUCCUGGUCGCGGAAUUAUCUUGCCAGGGAAAAGACGCAAACAUACCACCUGUUCAAAGUUUGAAGAGUAAUUACAAACUUGCUGCUGCCAGGUCAAUAUUGCGCUUAUUAGACGAUUUGCGAAUAUAUUGGCCAGCGCUACAGCAUCCGUGGGAAAGGUUGCAUGCAGCUCUUGAUAUGGGCUUAUCGAAGCAGAAAUGCCCGCCUAGGCCUGAAACAUCACAAAGUGCUCCAGACCCAUUGUCGGCACAAGCAAAUACAUUCGGGCCUCCUGAGACAUCUGCAAGGCACAACUAUUCCAAGAAUGCUUUACAUGACCAGCUGCAGGUUCCAAUGACCGAUAGUAAUGCAAUAGAAAGGCUCGAAAUUCAAGACGGAUCUCAUUCAACAUCGGCCAUGGACUGUCAAGUUGAAGCCCCAAAUGAGAUCGAACAAAGCGGCUCGUUGUUGAGCCAGGUCAUUCUGCCAGAAGACCAUGAUUGGUACGAUCCAUGUUUCACAGGCGCUGGAGUUGAGCAAUUUGUCGGGCUUAAUCCUUCCAAUAUCUUCCAACAAGGCUGGAGGACAUUUGGCUAG